CGUUACACCUCAAAAAGAACCCAAAAAAGUCUCAACGCGGAUACAAAAUCGCAGAGAAGCAAAGCUCAAUUCUCCUGAAAAACCCACCAUUUUCUCCAUUGAAGGAACCCCGAUGGCAGCUUCGAAGGAGCUAUUAACCUCUUCUUUCCUUCAAAGAUCGAACCUCCUCCCUCAUCUAACCUCUCAAAGGCUCUGUUUCCAAUCAAAACAGAGGUGCUGCCGUAGUGGGAGACAACUGAGGACACCGGUGAUCGCGGCGGCGAUAGCAGAGAACUUGAUGACGGUGGCGUCGAAGGCGGUCGAGAAACCGGUGGAGUUUAGGGUUAGGGCAGCAGUGACAGUGAGGAGGAAGAUGAAGCAGGGGUUGAAGGAGAAGGCUGAGGAUCAGUUGGAUGCGUUCUCUGAUAAAAUUGGGAGGAAUGUCGUUUUGGAGCUUGUUAGCACUGAGAUUGAUCCAAGGACGAAAAGAGCGAAAACGAGCGGUAAAGCUGCGUUACGAGGCUGGUUCGAGAAGAAGAAAGUCAAAGAUCAGAAAGUCGUGUAUACCGCGGAGUUCGUGGUUGACUCUGCGUUCGGCGAGCCAGGAGCAAUCACGGUGAUGAACAAGCACCACAAGGAGUUCUAUUUGGAGAGCAUUUUGGUCGAAGGUUUCGCUCGUGCUCCGGUUCACUUCACUUGCAACUCUUGGGUCCAGCCCUCCAGGCUUAACCCUGACAAAAGAGUUUUCUUUUGUAACAAGCCGUAUUUGCCCUCUGAAACUCCUCCAGGUUUGAAGGAGUUGAGGAAGAGGGAACUGAAGGAGCUGAGAGGCGACGGGAAAGGCGAGAGGAGGAUCUCAGAUAGGAUCUACGACUACGCGACCUAUAACGACUUGGGAUAUCCUGAUAAAGGAUUUGAAUUCUCUCGACCGACACUGGGAGGAGAGAAGAUACCGUAUCCACGGCGGUGUCGAACCGGACGACCGCCUGCGAAUACGGACCCGACAACAGAAAGCAGGGUAGAGUACCCACAUCCAAUCUACGUCCCCAGAGACGAACAGUUUGAAGAGGGGAAAGAAGAUAUGCUCUCAGCCGGAGCGCUGAAAGCAAUACUCCACAACAUCGUCCCUCAAGUCGUUGCAUCUAUUUCACCGGAGAGCCAUGACUUCGGCGGCUUCCACGAUAUCGACAACCUCUUCAAAGAGGGGAUCCGGUUGAAGCAAGGGUUGCAAGAUCACAUUUGGAAGAAGAUACCCUUUGUUAGUGACAUCCAAGAAUCUAGCGAGGGGAUACUUAAAUAUGAUACUCCCCACAUCAUUAGCAAGGACAAGUUUGCUUGGCUGAGGGAUGACGAAUUCGCCCGGCAGGCUCUAGCGGGGAUUAACCCUGUCGACAUUGAAAGACUUCAGGUCUUCCCACCGGUGAGCAAGCUCGACCCGGAAACCUACGGCCCUCCCGAAUCCGCCAUCAAAGAAGAGCACAUCAUCGGGCAGCUCGACGGAAUGUCGGUUCAACAGGCGUUGGAGGAGAACAAGUUGUACAUGUUGGACUUCCACGACGCAUACCUCCCGUUCAUCGACCGGAUCAACGCUCAGGAUGGUCGGAAGGCCUACGCUACCCGAACACUGUUCUUCUUACGCUCGCACCUGAGCGCGAUGUCGAUCGAGCUCAGCUCGCUGGCCGCGUCCUGCACGGGUUCGAUCGUUCAAGCGUCGACUCCGCCCAGCAACGCAACCGACAAUUGGCUCUGGCAGAUGGCCAAGGCUCACGUCUGCUCCAACGACGCAGGCGUCCACCAACUCGUCAACCACUGGUUGAAGACGCAUGCGUGUUUAGAGCCGUUCAUAAUAGGAGCGCACAGGCAGUUGAGCGUGAUGCAUCCGAUCUUCAAGCUAUUGAAGCCACAUAUGAGAUACACAUUGAGAUAAUGCGCAUUG